AUGUCGAUCUGGGACAAACUCUCAGGAAGGAAGUCUUCAUCCUCAAAUAAAGGCACGACUGCGGCUACCUCUUUCUCGGACCCUCCACCAGAUUCGUUCCAAACUUCUUUCGAUCCACAAGAUACUCAAGAUGUAUCCUCACUACUCACUGCCUCUUCAUUUUCCGACCCUGCUCAGCUUCAUCCUCUCGCCGGUCUAGACCAACAAACACUUGAGUAUAUAUCACUUGAAGAUUCCGUACUCUCGGAUCUUCCCGGUUCACAGUCGGCUUUGCCAUCACGAGGAUGGACAGACGACCUAUGUUAUGGAACCGGUGUUACUUAUCUUACAGCCUUGACUGUUGGUGGGGCUUGGGGAUUACAAGAAGGUUUAAGGAGAUCCCAUGGACAGCCACCAAAACUACGUUUAAACUCUGCUCUUAACGCCGUAACUAGGAGAGGGCCAUUUUUAGGGAACUCAGCUGGCGUAAUAGCAGUCGUGUACAACGGUGUUAAUUCAUUUAUUGGACACAUUCGAGGGAAACAUGAUUCAUUUAAUAGCGUUGUCGCGGGUGCCUUAAGCGGUAUGGUCUUUAAAAGUACCCGCGGCAUUCGGCCGAUGAUGAUUUCAGGAGGAAUUGUAGCAAGUGUUGCUGGGGUAUGGGCUGUUACCAGGAAGGCCAUCUUUUAA